AUGACUUCCCGAGAUUCCUAUAUGGCAAGUUCACCCUUAGCUCCUCUAUCCGAGAUCAUCAAGCUCGAACCAGAGCAAGAGCCAUGGUGUGCUGGUUAUUCCCCUUCACAGGGUCGUCGCUGUCAUGCCCGCACAAAUGCGCACGGCCGCAGAUCAGCUACCAUACUUCUCAACGAGGGUACCAAAGACCUUCGAGCUGGUCGCAACAUCGAUGCACUGCUAGAGAAUAUAGCUCCUCAUGUCCUAUGUACGAGGUUCCACCAAGGCCAAGCCUUGGAUCUCACACGUCGUUGGAAAAGCCAAGUCCGUCAAUAUCUCGAUUCGCGAGUUGCUUCCACGAUAUCUCCAAGACCGGUGAAUGUCCUAUCCCGAAUCGUCUAUUCAGAGGCCGCAGAAGCGAAUACGGAGAGGAUCGCACUUAUCGAACAAAGACUUUUUGAGGCCAUAGAAAAGGUUAGGCGCCUUGAGGCCGUUCAGCGGGGCCUAUCAAUCCCUGCGAACCUUUCUAGUCCCUCUGAGGGUGGAAACACAAACGUAGUUGUCAGUCCUAGCAGCACAGCACCUGCAUCAAGCAGACAUACUCCGCCAUUAAAUCACGUUUAUAAUGCAGCGAGGAGGGAACCCACGCAACCUGUCAGUCAGCCAGCAAUUACGAUACCUCGACCAGCACAGCUCCAAGUCAGCCCGGAAACAGUGGCCGUUUCUGCAUUGAGUCCAAGAUCGGCCACCCCACCAUUAGUGAUUCACACCUUCAGCAGCACCGACCAGGAGAACAGCCAGAGAGAAACAUCAGAACCCAAUCGCCGCCAGGUCGAAGGAGAGUGUGGGAUUUGUUUGUGCGAUUUGCAUAUUCCACAACAAGAUGUGGACUGCGAGGAAGAAGAGCAAGGCGAGCACGCUGACGGUGAUGAGUACAAUGACGACAACGAAGACCCCAGCGACGAUGAUGAUGACGAUGAUAGCGAUAGAUACGAUGAGCAAACAGAGACCGAGGAUGAGCAUGAACAUCAAAAUGAAGAAUUGGUUUGGUGCAAGGCACGCUGUGGAGUCAACUUCCACAAACGAUGCAUCGACCAAUGGCUGGAAUCAGAUCAUGCUCCCACAUGCCCAAUGUGUAGGAGUAAGUGGAAGCACUGA